AAAACUAAAAAAAAGCCAGCCAAGUGCAUCAUCCAGCCAAGUUCUGUCAAUAAAGCCGCCUAGACGAAUUUUGAUUGGGUUUCUUUACUUUUGGCGGGAAAAGUGAUGUGGCGUUUUGUGCACGUGGUCCCUGAGGUGUGAAAGCGCAAAUCGCAAACAUGAGUGCUGGUCGCAUCGUCUACACUGGUAUGAGUUUGGUUGUGUUUAUCUAUAUUUAUAGAGUUUCUGCCCGACUAUUAAAGCCUAAAUACUCCUCAAGUCUUCAAGCUUACUGUCCAUUUUAAAGUAACAAGAAUUCUGGACAAUUUAUAAGAGAAGUAUAAAUCUUAUGGAGGUAACUGGGACUCAACUUAAUAGUGAGCUUAACAUGCCAGCCGUGGAAAAAGAUACUGUUUCUGGGUCUCAAGGCCCAGUUGUAAGCCAAGAGAAAAUCAAUUACUGGUCAAAGGAAACUGUUCCACCACAAGCCCAAACAUAUCCAGCACACAUGGAACUGCCGGUUGUUGUGUCAAGCUCCCAGAGCAGUGAUCCAUUGCUGGAAAAAAGUGUUACUGCUGAAGGAAAGCAGCUUGCUGAGCGAACAUUACUACCUUCAGGCCAGCUUCCAUCAACUCUAGCCUCGAAUGCCUGGGAAGGUAAAAGAAGAACAGACAACUGGUCAAACAUUACACAAACAAAACCAAUUGCAGCUCAAAUGCCCAAUAUUAAAAUGCCAGUCUCAAUUGCCCCAAAUACUCCAAUUCAGAAAGGGUUUGUGGAGGAAAACUCUUCUCAGUUCAAACCUGUUGAGGAAGUGUUAUCACAACUAAAGCACUUUCAGCAGCAAACAGUCACAAGCACCAUGAGCGACACAACUUCUGUUCUUCCUCGAAAUAGGCAGAGUGUAUACGCUGAAGUGCCUGAUAACAGAGCUAACACAUCAGUUCCUCAAGCUAACCCAUCACUGGUAUUGACGCAUCCACUCCAUUCCUUGUUACCAAAGGUUACAUUCCCUGUUGCAAUCUCAACACAAGCCUUGCAAUUAAUGACUAAUACUGCAGUUACGCAUACAUCAGUGGAAGCCUUGUCGACAGCAAUAGUAGAAUCGACAGCUUCAGGAUGCCACACCAAACCUAGUAGUCCAGUAAUAUCAAAACUGCCUAGUGUCGUAGCUCCUGUGGAAUUAUCAUCAAGUGGAAGCACUAGCCAAUCUAUUCCUGAUCUUCUAAAGGGAAAAGUGGAUGCAAAGCUCUUUCCUCCUCGUCACUACACAUUUGCUUAUUUACAGAUUGGAACAUGGAAGGUGGAGAAGACACAAAACAACCACACUCUUUCAGUCGCAAGACUCAAAGUAAUUUUUACACAAAGGAAGUUUGUGUAUGAGUUCCAGACAAAUCCUGACGACCUGAAGGGACUGUGUGAGGGUUAUAAGCAAAUGGCAUGCGUUGAAGUGCCUUUUUCAUCUGUUGUUGGUAUCAACAUCAACAACUCCCACGAAGUGCUUAUUGAAGUGGACUCUGCUCCAGUCAUGUACACCGGCAAGCAAGCCCUAAACUUUCGUGGACCGGGAGGAGGGAACUUACCAGCAAAAUAUGAUCUUCCUAGAGACCUGACCAGUGGCCAGCUCCUGGUUGUACCUUACCAUAGGGUCAAGCUGUCAACUUCAACUUUGAAAGACAAGCUGUCUAUGUUUGACCCUCGAUUUGCUGCAUUGAUGGUCACACCUAUUCAAGUGGAUGAAAACAAAAGACUCACCUCACAACUCCCAGUCAGGACACCACAGAAAAAGAGGGUGUUGAGCCCAUGUCAAGAGGCCCAACCAGAAAGUGCCAAGAAACCUUGCCCGCCAACGGUGAAACCUGCUGCAGCUAGCGCUGAUGAUGCUCAUCCUUGCCAUUGUGCAGCUGGUUGUCUCACAAAGAGAUGCACUUGUAUCAAGAAUGGGCUGAAGUGUUAUGGGUGUAAAUGCACAAGAUGUGAGAAUCCAUUAAAUAUCCUAGCAGAUGCUGGUGUCGAUAUAAGUGCAGCUAAAAAUGAUGCAUGUCUGAUCCAGAACAUCUCCAAGGUAAAAGACCUUAAGACUGCAUUGAUGACCAGGAAGAUUGAGUUCCCAUGUUGUGGUACUAAUGUGCCAUUUAAAGAAGCUUGUGUCGGCACAGUCUCCUGUCCUGACUGUGAAGGGGAGUACCGCUAUUCUUGGUGCUGGCACGACUUAUGUGAUGAAGAAAAUAGACCCAGAAACCAUUGUAGGAUCUGCAAGUCUUGUCGUGACUACAGAGAUGAUCAUUGCCCUAAAUGCAACAAGUGCUAUUUUGCUGGUCUAACUGGUUACCCAUGUCCAUGCGGAGAGCAGCGAAGCUUCCUAGACUGUCUUGGGGCAUUCAUGUUCUCACUCUCCCGUCCAUGGGAUGAUAGUGAUGAUGACGAUGACUACUAAUUGCCUGAAAAUCUAUAACUAAAGAACUGGGUUGUAUAUGGUUAGGUGAUUAUUGUUGUCUUGUUUUGUCAGAAUAGUCACAUAUUCCAUUGAGCUUGGUCAUAGUUGAAAUUCUGUAUUAACUACUCUAGUACUACUGAAUCUUGAUUUUUUUUUUUUAUCAUGCAAUAACUGUUUUUAUGGCCCAUGUUAUUUUUUUUGUACUUAGAGAGUUAGCCAAUCUGGAAGUACUGGAUACUUUUUGAUUGAUUAGAAUUGUUCUUAGCCUUUAGUGUACUAGAUUUUGAAAAUGUUUCAAUCAAUCCACCUCUGAUUUCCGCAUCCUGGUUGGCUAGUUUUCCAAGACCUUGCUUGUGUUGGCAAGGUACCUUGUACCCUGUAAAACGGGGUUGGUUUUAUUAUAGUGACCUGAUGAGCUAUUAUUAUAGUGACCUGAUGAGCUUACAUGUAUUCAAACCUGUCACAACCUUUUGGACCUGUCCCCAAGAUGGGAAAAGCAGUUUUGAAAUUAUAUUGUUCAAUUCCUCAGCAGGCAAGAAUAUGCUUUUAAUUGUAUUUAUUUGUUUUGUUAAAUACUUGCAUUGCUUCUGGUAUUAUAUCUAAAUAGAACAAAUUUGACACAACAAUGAUUAAUAUUAUUUUCAAAGAAUAUGGUACUUAUGAUUAUAAGUCUGAUUAUGAAUAUCAGACAAAGUUUCUUUAUUCUGACAUUUUAUUGUCAAUAUAUUAUUCUAAAUAACUGUUUAAUGGAAUGUUUAACAUCAAAAACACCACCUACUGUAUGGCUGUCUUAUAUGUACUGACUUGUUGGGUCUAUAUUAAUUUGGUGUCAGACAUGAUUUUACUUUUCACAGACAAAAGCAGUCCCUGGAAAACUGCAGUAAAAUGCUGUCACCAAAAACUUGCAAGUGCUUAUAAAACAGCUGUUACACCUGUCUGAGAUAAAACAGCAAAGAUGUAUCCAAACCAAAGCAUCUACCAGUGUAUGUUGUUUGUUAUAUGACCAUAUUCAAAAGUAUUAUAUAUGGUAGAAAUCCCAUACUCGUUACAAAAAAAACAUAUUUUAUUGAUAUUAUAUGAGUAAAUAAUUUCAAAGUUGCAGUUAAUUAAAGUUAUAUUUUUCUAA